AGCGGGGUUUUGUGGGUUUUGUAGUUGCUUUAUCAGGUCUCGACAGGAAUCGUGUGCGAGGAAGAAUCUCGCAAAAACUACAAGUACCGGCUUCGCCUGGAAGCCCCCGCGCAUGCGCAGAGAAGCAGCCUCGUCGAAUGUUUUGUUUCCACGCCAUAUUUGUUUUAGCCGGCUAGCGCUCGCUCAAGACUCAAUCCGACAUCAUCGGCGUUUUCCUGAGGAGAAUCGACUCCACAACUGCGUUUCUCACAGCAAACACGCGUUUAUGUUCUCUUAGCCAAGGUUUUGGCCGCGAGCGCAACGCAGAAUUUAAAUAAAAACGAAGCGAUCGAGUCGCGUUCCCCUGAGAUCAGAGCGGAACUGUGACUAGCAGGGGUCUGUCGCUGCUCGAGCGGAUUAUUUCUUAUCCUUGUUUAAUCACACACAAGCUUCGACAGAAUGGCGUGUGGAGCCACUCUGAAAAGGACUAUGGAUUUCGAUUCUCUGAUGAGCCCGGCGUCCCCGAAGAGGAGGAGGUGUGCGCCCAUGUCCCCGUCCAGCGCCAGCGCCUCCCCGCAGAAGUACCUGCGCAUGGAGCCCUCGCCCUUCGGCAGGGUGUCUUCAGCCCUCACCACAGAGCAAAUCCUGAGCAACAUCAAGCAGGAGUACAAGCGCAUGCAGAAGCGGAGACACCUGGAGAGCAGCUUCCAGCAGACAGACUCCUGCUGUUUCCCGCUGGACGCUCAGCCACACGCCUCCAUCAGCAGCACAGGUGUGUCCUCCCCCUCCAGACGCGAGCAGCCGUUAUUCACGCUGAAGCAGGUGGGCAUGAUCUGCGAGCGCCUGCUGAAGGAGCGCGAGGAGAAGGUGCGGGAAGAAUACGACGAGAUCUUGACCACCAAACUCGCAGAGCAAUACGAUGCUUUCGUGAAGUUCACCCAUGACCAGCUGAUGAGGCGGUUCGGGGAGCAGCCUGCCAGCUAUGUGUCCUGAGCGCGCCUCGCUGUGAGACGGCGUCUUGUCCUGUGGAUCUCUGCCUGUGUGAGCUCCUGACGCUCAGGAUAGGUCCAGCUGGGUCUCCAGCAGUGCCAAUUGCAUCUUUCCCCACGCUGGGCACAGAGUUUGUGUCAGGCUUCUGUCAGUGCGUAACCACUCUCUCUCUCUCUCUCUCUGCAGCGGCUGCUUAUACACCUCUGCAACUAUUACUCCAAUCAGUGGCUCUUGUGUCUCUUACUGAACCCUGGAUAUUUAUUAGGCUUUGACCAUGCCUUUUACACAGUCACCUGUCAUUACAUCCUUUAUGUUUGAUUUAUGGAAAAUGCCUUUUAUUCGCUGCAAAUGACGUCGAUUGCCAUGAUAAAUGUGAGACUGUGUGAGGGAGACUGCUGUUCAUAGCUUUGUGUAAAUACAUCCUGGCUUUCAUCUGGAGUUUUCAUGUACAAAUCAAAUACAGCAGUUAUUUCAAUUGGAGUCUGUUUUCAUUCUUUGUAUUUAUUUUUGUUGAUUUAAAAAAAAAAAAA